GUUAAAGUUUAUUAAAGUGUAUCAAAUGUUCUUCAUGAAUACUUUGUGCAUGGGAGUUAGAAUGAAAGAAAGAUUCGCUCUUUUAUAAACUUUUUCAUCUUUUGGAAUCAUUAUUUGAGCGCUUGAGGUGAGUGGGGGUUCAAAGUAACCAAAAGGCCUUUGAAUCUUUGACUCCGGGCCUUAUAGAGAGUUGACGAUCCUCUAUAUGUGGUCAAGGAUAUGAAUCAACUCGAGCCUUUGAAUUCUUUUCUAUUCUUAAGUGCAUUUUCCAGGUAGUGACUCCCUCCCAAAUCACAUUAUUACCCUUUAGCCUCUUCUAUGCAGUGGACUUGAUUGGACUCUCAGCAGCAGCAGCAGCAUAGGGAAUGGAGGGGGGCAUGUUCUCAGGUGGCGGCCGUGGCGGGGAUGGGACAGACGGGAAGAUUCUGCAGACAUUCCAGAAGAGCUUUGUGCAGGUGCAGAGCAUAUUGGACCAGAACAGGUUGUUGAUAAAUGAGAUAAACCAGAACCAUGAGUCCAAAAUCCCAGAUAAUUUGAGCAGGAAUGUGAGUCUGAUCAGAGAGCUGAACAACAACAUCAAAAGGGUGGUUUCUCUCUAUGCUGAUCUCUCCUCCUCUUUCAUUCAUGCCUCUGCUGCUGCUUCCUCUGAAGGUGAAUCCAGCAACCACAAGAGAAUUAGGCCAGGCUAGCAAGACAAAGGAGAAAAAAAAAAUGCUCAUUCUUUAUUUGCAGGUAGAACAUGAUCUUUAGAAGAAAAAGGAAAAAAAAACAUGUUUUUUUUCUUUGCCUGUGGUGUAAUAAUGCUUCUGGAAUUGGAAAAAAAAACCCAGUUGUUGAGGCAAACUGAAAUGAUAUGUAACAUUCUUGUAGGUCUAAUUGAAAGAUGAAUCCUUUUUUUAAUCUUUGGAUUUCCUGGCCUU